AUGCAGAAGAUAUGGCAGCAGCAAGUGGAAUGGGAUCAAGAGCUACCGACGAACUUAAGAAUAGCUUGGGAAGAUUAUAACACAUCGCUCGCUGGAUUGAAUGACAUAAGGGUACACAGGAAUGUCAAUAUUCGAAACCAAGCGUCGACCUUCGAUCUUUAUGGGUAUGGAGACGCGUCAGAAGCAGCAUAUGGAGCAUGUCUAAAUGCAGUCUACAGAGAUAAGCAAGGGAUAAAUCAUUCGGAGUUAAUCUGUGCAAGAGCGAAGGUGGCACCGCUGAAGACUAUAUCUUUACCGAGGCUUGAGUCACAAGCCGCCCUCUUGCUAGCGCAACUGUACAACAUUGUCAAACGGUCUUGUAGGGACAAAAUAAACAAGGUCAGGCUGUGGAGUGACAGUAUGAUAACGCUCGACUGGAUAAAGACACCACCGCAUCUACUCAAGACAUUUGUAGCCAAUCGGGUAUCAAAAAUUCAGGGUCUUACAGAGGAAGCCACGUUCUUGGAAAGCUGCAGAUCGGGCAGGAAAGCAACGCCACUCACCGCGGAGCUGGAACGAGCAGAGAGGAUCAUUCUACGAUGGGUUCAACAAGAAGCCUUUUCCGUGGAGAUUCGAUAUCUACAAGAAGGCAGACCAUUCCCACGAAAAAGUCAGUUACGCGCACUGUCUGCAUACAUCGAUGAGGGAGGUUUGAUCCGUGUAGGAGGUAGGCUGCAAUACGCGGAGAUCAAAUCGGAACAGAAAAAUCCCAUCGUCUUGCCUUUAAUACACCAUGUCACCAGUAUUAUUCUACGCGACCGGCACGAACGAUUGCUUUACUGUCCACCGGAGCAAUUGUUGCACGAUGUACGCCAGCGAUUUUGGCCAAUCAGCGGGAGACGAGAAGUACGUAAGAUCAUCAAGAAAUGUGUAAAAUGUUAUCGCAUCAAUCCAACUACAAUGGAGAUCAAGAUGGGUGAGCUUCCUGCCGAGAGAAUUCGGAGUGUGGACCGACCAUUUACCAUCACAGGUAUAGACUACGCGGGUCCAAUCCAAAUUCGAGAAAGCAAACGCAGAGGAAGAAUCCAUGUCAGCAAAGGAUACGUUGCCGUAUUUGUUUGUACAAGUACAAAAGCAGUGCACCUAAAGAUGGUAACGGAUCUAUCAACCGACGCAUUCAUUGCUACUUUACAAAGGUUUAUCGCUCGUAGAGGACUGUGCUCUCAAAUAUUAUCGGAUAGCGGCACCAACUUUGUGGGAGCAGCUAAGCAUCUUAAAGAAUUGUACGAGUUCUUGAUUAAGGAACAAAAAUCAAUCGAAUCAGAAUUGGCGGAACAUAGAAUAGAGUGGCGCUUCAUCCCACCUCGCGCCCCUCACUUUGGAGGAUUAUGGGAGGCAGCGGUGAAGAGUACCAAGAAACAUUUACACACUGUAACAGAAGGACGCGUUCUGACGUAUGAGGAGUAUAGCACUCUUCUCGCUCAAAUAGAAGCUGUGCUUAAUUCAUGGCCAUUAACCCCGCUCUCGAGCGAUCUGUCAGAUCUUUCUGUUUUGACAUCAGCACAUUUCCUCAUUGGGAGCUCACUUCUGCAACCAGGGCAGAAAAGUCACCUUGAUGCUCCAGAAGGCUGUCUAUCCAGAUGGCAACGAGUUCAAAAAUUAAGCCAACUGUUUUGGGAACGAUGGAGGACGGAAUACUUGCAAGAAUUGCAGAAGAGGACCAAAUGGACAACUUCCAGCAAUAAGGCGAAAGAAGGCGACCUGGUCAUAAUAAAGGAAGAUAAUCUCCCCCUCUCCAGUGGCGGUUGGGUCGAAUAA